GAACAUCCACAUCCACGUCCACCACCACCGCCACCGCCUCGUCCGCCUCUGCCAUCGACUCUGGUCUCCGCGCCUCCGCCCCCGCUCCAUCUCGCGCAAUUCGCCAUCUGCUGCUCCCGCCACCAUGGGGCAGCCUGUCGUGCAGACGAUCCAUAGGGAUCCCGCCUUGUUUUGGUGGAUUUUGCUGCCCAUCACCGUGGUCAUGAUCCUCACGGGCAUCCUCCGCCACUACGCCAUGACGCUGCUGCAAUCCACGCCCAAGAAACAGGACCUGCUGAAGAUCCGCCAGCAGCGCUCGCUCGUCCGCGGCGUCAACCUGCGCACAAACGCCCACGUCAUCUCGCCCUCGUCGUUUGCCGCGCGCAAAGCAUACAUGGUGCAGGCGUUCCAGGAAGGAAAGUUCUUGGCUGAGCCGGACAUGAGGGGGAAACCGAGGCCGAAUCCCAUGAGCGAUCCUGCGGCCAUGGAGGGCAUGAUGGGCAUGAUGAAGGGCCAGAUGACCAUGAUGAUUCCGCAGACGUUGAUUAUGGGCUGGAUCAAUGCCUUUUUUUCGGGCUUCGUUAUUAUGAAACUGCCCUUCCCGUUGACGCCACAGUUCAAGUCCAUGCUCCAGUCUGGAGUGGGUACCCGCGACCUCGACGUCAGAUGGGUGUCGAGUUUGUCGUGGUACUUCCUGACGCUGUUUGGACUGCAGCCUGUCUAUAACUUUAUCCUCGGAAGCAACAAUGCCGCCAACCAGGUCACCCAACAGAUGGCCAUGGCGAACCCAGGCGCGGGCGGCAUAAUGGGACCCGAGCAGGAUCCCGACAAGCUGUUCCUCAACGAAGCUGAGAAUCUCGAGGUGCUGGAGCACCGAUGGAUCAUGGAGGGGAUUGAAGAGCGGCUUGUUGCCAAACUUGGAGCGUGAAGCCGCUACGCUGGGCGAGAUAGUAGGCGUCGUCGCACAGCCAUGUAGUCAAGUGGCGGCCUGGAGUGUGUAGGAAUGGCCCACAAAAUCAUCA